CUACAGGGCGAGGGCAGGCCGGCCCUUGGGGGUGCUGAUGUGGCCCCAAGGCUGAGUCCUCUGGGGGUCUGGCCACGGCCUCGGCCCCCCAAGGAGCCGGCCCUACACUCCAUGGGGUUGCCGCUACCCAAGGACAAGGGGUUCAUUCUCUGCCUGUGGAGAAAAUUCUGUAGUUGGUUCCAGAGACGGGAGUCAUGGGCCCAGAGCCGAGAUGAGCAGAACCUGCAGCAACAGAAGAGGAUCUGGGAGUCUCCUCUCCUUCUAGCUGCCAAGGAGAACAACGUCCAGGCUCUCAACAAGCUACUCAAGUAUGAGGCCUGUGAGGUGCACCAGAGAGGAGCCAUGGGGGAGACAGCACUGCACAUAGCGGCCCUCUAUGACAACCUGGAGGCCGCCGUGGUGCUGAUGGAGGCUGCCCCAGAGCUGGUCUUUGAGCCCAUGACAUCGGAGCUGUACGAGGGUCAGACCGCCCUGCACAUAGCCAUCGUGAACCAGAACGUGAAUUUGGUGAGAAACCUGCUUGCCCACGGGGCCAGCGUGUCUGCGAGAGCCACAGGCACGGCGUUCCGCCACAGCCCCCGCAACCUCAUCUACUUUGGGGAGCACCCCUUGUCCUUUGCUGCCUGCGUGGGCAGUGAGGAGAUGGUGAGGCUGCUCAUUGAGCAUGGAGCUGACAUCCGGGCCCAGGACUCCCUGGGAAACACCGUGUUGCACAUCCUCGUCCUGCAGCCCAACAAGACCUUUGCCUGCCAGAUGUACAACCUGCUGCUGUCCUAUGAUGGGCGCAGGGACCACCUGCAGUCCCUGGACCUCGUGCCCAAUCACCAGGGUCUCACCCCCUUCAAGCUGGCCGGAGUGGAGGGCAACACCGUGAUGUUUCAGCACCUGAUGCAGAAGCGGAAGCACAUCCAGUGGACCUACGGGCCGCUGACCUCCACUCUCUACGACCUCACCGAGAUCGACUCUUCAGGGGAUGAGCAGUCUCUCCUGGAACUUAUUGUUACCACCAAGAAGCGGGAGGCUCGCCAGAUCCUGGACCAGACCCCGGUGAAAGAGCUGGUGAGCCUCAAGUGGAAGAAAUACGGGCGGCCGUACUUCUGCGUGCUGGGCACCAUAUACCUGCUGUACAUCAUCUGUUUCACCGUGUGCUGCGUCUACCGCCCCCUCAAGCCCAGGACCAAUAACCACACUGGUCCCCGGGACAACACGCUCCUACAGCAGAAGCUACUUCAGGAGGCCUAUGUGAGCCCCCAGGAUGACCUCCGCCUGGUGGGGGAGCUGGUGACCGUCAUCGGAGCUGUGCUCAUUCUGCUUGCAGAGAUUCCAGACAUCUUCAGGGUGGGGGUCACUCGCUUCUUUGGACAGACCAUCCUCGGGGGGCCAUUCCACGUCCUCAUCAUCACCUACGCCUGCAUGGUGCUGGUGACCAUGGUGAUGCGGCUCACGAACGCCAAUGGGGAGGUGGUGCCCAUGUCCUUCGCCCUGGUGCUGGGCUGGUGCAAUGUCAUGUACUUCGCCCGAGGAUUCCAGAUGUUGGGCCCUUUCACCAUCAUGAUCCAGAAGAUGAUUUUUGGCGACCUGAUGCGAUUCUGCUGGCUGAUGGCUGUGGUCAUCCUGGGCUUUGCCUCAGCCUUCUAUAUCAUCUUCCAGACAGAGGACCCCGACGAGCUGGGCCAUUUCUACGACUACCCCAUGGCGCUGUUCAGCACCUUCGAGCUGUUCCUCACCGUCAUCGACGGGCCUGCCAACUAUGACGUGGAUUUGCCCUUCAUGUACAGCAUCACCUACGCUGCCUUCGCCAUCAUUGCCACGCUGCUCAUGCUCAACCUCCUUAUCGCCAUGAUGGGUGACACUCACUGGCGGGUGGCCCACGAGCGGGAUGAGCUCUGGAGGGCGCAGGUGGUGGCCACCACGGUGAUGCUGGAGCGGAAGCUGCCUCGCUGCCUGUGGCCUCGCUCGGGGAUCUGCGGGCGCGAGUAUGGGCUGGGGGACCGCUGGUUCCUGCGGGUGGAAGACAGACAGGAUCUCAACCGGCAGCGGAUGCGGCGCUACGCACAUGCCUUCCACAUCCCGGGCUCCGAGGACUCGGACAAAGCCUCGGAGAAACCGCGGCUGGACCACCCCUCGGGCCCCCACCUGUGUCCGUCCACCCCCUCGGUGUCCCGAAGUACCUCCCGCAGCAGCGCCAACUGGGAGAGGCUUCGGCAAGGCACCCUGAGGAGGGAACUGAGGGGGUUGGUCAACAGGGGUCUGGAAGACGGGGAAGGCUGGGAGUAUCAGAUCUGA